GCCGAAGAUGACAUCAUCCACUCAAGAUCUAUCGUUGGAGAGAGGAUGAGCUCAUCGCUUGGAAGUCAGUUAGUGCGCGCAGAGUGAGGACAGAGGACAGUCUGCAGCUGCUGUGGGAUUCUACAGGAAUAUAUCCAACACUUACAAUAUGGGUUUGUCCCGGGAGAGGGACGCGGAGACCCCCCUGUCACUCAUCCUGCCGCGGCUCUACCUGGGGGCGCAGAGGGACGUGACGCAGGAGCGGCUGGCCUCUCUGGGGAUAUCCUAUAUAGUGAGUGUGACCCGCUGCAGCCCCGAGCCGUCCUUCCUGCCCCGCUCCAGAUGUCUCCGGGUCCCCAUCGAUGACUCUCUGCGGGCUGACUUGCUGCCCUGGAUCCCCCAGGCUCUAGUCUUCAUCGACGCAGCGAUGUCCUCCGGAGCCUCUGUGUUGGUUCACUGUGCGGCGGGAAUCUCCCGCUCCCCCGCUCUGGCUGUGGCCUACAUCAUGUACAGCCCGGGGAUGGACCUGGACCAGGCCUACAGGUUUGUGAAAGAGCGCCGGCCCUCCAUUUCCCCCAACUUCAACUUCCUGGGUCAGCUGCAGCACUUCCAGCGCACUCUGAGCCAGCAGCAGCCGGACCCUCAUCUGCCCUCAGCAGAGGAGCAGGGGCCACACAGAGACAGAGACUCAGCAGAGGAGCAGGGGCCACACAGAGACUCAGCAGAGGAGCAGGGGCCACACAGAGACAGACCCCCGCAGAGGCCCUCACACUCACAGCUGUCAGGGACACUUGACACUUUUAAUUUGACUCUUAAUCAAACUCAGCAGCAAGUCCACAGGCCAGGUGAGGGUCCAUCUGUAAGCCCCUGUGAGCCUGUCACACCUGCAGUAAAGCCCACAACACUACAACUCCCAGCAGCCUCUGCUUCUCUAUUAGAGAAACGCAAAAGCCUCACCCUCCGUCUCACCCCUUUGGGCUCCCCAGCAAGUUGCAGCCAGCAAGCAAAGUGCAGCUCCACACCUCAAACUUUCCACAGCAGUGAGCUGGGUACCACACGGCCCCCCAGGCACAGGGAGCAGGCCCCCCCCCCCUCAAAGUGCAGCACAUCAGAGAUGAAGGAGCAGGGGCUGCUGACCCCCUUCAGCCUCACCCUCAACAAGCUGCUGGGCUGGGGGGAGAGGAUCCUGCUGGGGGGGCUGUUUGUCCCCCCUGUUAAGAUGGGACAGCCUGCGCUGCCGUACAGGUGCUGAGGGUGCUGUUUCUGUUUGUGUUUGUGUCAGCAUGUUUGUCAGAUUAAAGCAAACCACCUGCAGGAGAUCUGAGAGAACUCCUGUCUCCUAUUUAUUUAUUGCAGAACUGAAAAUAAGGAUUAUACUAUACUAAUAAUAAACACCUACACAGUUGCAUCAUGUUGGCAAAAUGUGACCUUGAUAAGAUUCAUUUAUGUAAAAAGACUUGCUGCCCACUUGCGUGAGAUGUGUUUACUGAUGAUGAUUAAACAUGAUAU